AUGGCCGACGGUGUUGAGGCCAUUGAGGCUGGUGAGGUCGGAAAUACCAGCUGGGUCAGAACCGCAAAAGAUCUCUUUGCGGGCGCUGCUGGAGGUGUAGCACAAGUGCUGCUCGAUAUUGUCAAAGUCCGGUUGCAAACAACAUCAAAAUAUCCCGGCGCCCUUUCGUGCGCAACAUCAAUCCUCCAGAACGAAGGCCCCUUGGCAUUCUACAAAGGAACCCUCACUCCUCUGAUCGGUAUUGGGGCUUGUGUCUCCGUCCAAUUUGGUGCCUUCCACUAUGCCCGCCGUGCUUUCGAGGAACACAAUUUGCGGGUUCAUUCAGCGGGGCCUGCCGAUUUAUCAUAUGGACAAUAUUACCUAGCUGGAGCUUUUGCAGGCCUUACGAAUUCUGUUCUUUCAGGCCCGAUAGAGCACGUCAGGAUAAGACUUCAGACCCAGCCUCAUGGCGUCAACCGUUUAUAUAGCGGACCGCUAGAUUGCAUCAAGAAGCUCUCUGCUCAUGAAGGCAUACUCCGCGGCCUGUACCGUGGUCAAGUUGUGACACUUUGGCGAGAGGCCCAGGCAUAUGGCGUCUGGUUCCUGACUUUUGAAUAUCUUAUGGCGCAAGAUAUGAAACGAAACAAUGUGCAACGGACCGAUAUCUCAUCACCCAAAGUCGCAUUCUACGGCGGAUUGGCCGGUGAAGCGCUGUGGAUAGCGAGCUAUCCGUUCGACGUAGUCAAAAGCAAGAUGCAGAGCGAUGGCUUUGGAAAAGAUCAGAAAUUUAAGACGAUGCGAGAUUGCUUCACGCAAACUUGGAAGGCUGAGGGGAUGAGGGGAUUCUGGAAAGGCAUUGGACCAACAAUGGUGAGGGCUAUGCCUGUCAGUGCAGGAACAUUUGCAGUGUAA